AUGGCCCCCUCCGACAACAAGACCGGCAAGAACAAGGCCAACGCCGCCGCCAAGGCGGUUGCCAAGGGCGCUUCGCUUCACAAGUCCCGCAAGGUGUACACCUCGGCCACCUUCCACCGCCCCAAGACCCUCCAGCUGUCGCGGUCCCCCAAGUACCCCCGCGUGUCGGUCAACCACGGCCCCGCUCUGGACUUCAACAAGAUUGUUCUGUACCCCCUGAACACCGAGUCCGCCAUGAAGAAGAUCGAGGAGAACAACACCCUUGUCUUCAUUGUCAACGUCAAGUCCAACAAGCGCCAGAUCAAGCAGGCUCUUAAGAAGCUGUACGAUGUUGACACCGUCAAGAUCAACACUCUUAUCCGCCCCGACGGAACAAAGAAGGCCUUCGCCCGCCUCACUCCCGAUGUCGAUGCUCUCGACAUUGCCGCUACCAAGCUGGCCAUUGUUUAA